CAAGCAGGUGCCCUUGAUAGCUAUCAUCCCACCUCAUGCUACCCUUCUUUAAAAGUGUAUUUAUUGCUUUAUGCACCUAAAAGACAUGCGUUUCUACCUUUGCUUCUUCGUAUUCCCUCUCACCUCGGCCAUUCAGAAAACAAGGAACUCCAUCUUUGGUUACACCCUUCUUGCAUCCCCUUUCGACGAGACAGAUGUUGAGGAGCUUUGGGAAUGCUAUAAACUCUGCUAUGAUGACAAAGAAAACUGCGCCAGCAUCAACUACGACAUGAAAAAAGGAAGAUGCAAGCUUAUGAAGGUGACUCACGCAAACAUGCCUCGAAGUGAUCUCGUGGAAAUGGAAAAUUCCGUUAACGCGAAUAUUAGAGAGGGUAUCCUAACAGUUUGCUCUAACAUCACCCACCCCCUGGGGAUGGAAGAUGGAAGCAUUCCAGACUCAAGCAUCACAGCUUCGUCAUUCAGAGGGCACCCCCCUUAUAACGGACGCCUAAACAACCAAGCAGUGGGACACAUUGGCGCAUGGGCAGCCGAAAAAGCCCAAAAAGGCGAGUUCCUACAGGUGGACCUCAGCCAAGUCACGUGGGUUACCCAUGUAGCAACGCAGGGGCGCCCGGAAAUGACGUCAGCGAAUAAGACAAUGUGGGCGACUGAGUACACCAUUGAAUACAGUCUGACGGGAGAUCAGUGGCAGAGUUACCAAGACGAGAAUGGUGUAAUUAAGACAUUCCCUGGUAAUUCAGACCGGAACACUGUGGUGAAGAACGAGUUCUCCCCUGUCAUCCAAGCGCGCUACGUCAGGAUUGUGGUGCAGGCCUGGUACACAAAUAUCGUUAUGAGAGCGGAGUUGUAUGGGUGUGAAGGGUAAACUGGGUUGAUAUACACCUAUUUCACAAAAGGUUGUCAGUGCAAAUGGCGAUUGGCAAAUGGCGAUUGGCAAAUGGCGAUUGGCAAAUGGCGAUUGGCA